AGAAAUUACAAAUAAAAUGUGCAAAGGGCAAAGUAUGACUUCUGUGUUCAAACCCUCCUGCGAAACCGAAACCUAUUUGGACAGAUUUGAGCUUUUGAGUUUCCGUCUUGCGGGAGUCGACCCGGUGAGAGAAAGAUUGUUAAAUUGUUUACUCAAGAAGAAAACCCCUCUGGAUAUGGAGGAAAUGUGCAAGGAGGAUUCAGAAUCUUUACCGAUUGGGGUUUACGAGUUAGCUGGGGAACCUGCUGUAAUUAUCAAUGGGGUACCUCCGCGGCCUCCAAUUAAUGAAACUCUAGUUCCAUGUGGUGUUAGUGAUUUUGAAUCACAUAGGACUACGAGAUAUGGUGAAUGGUUGAUGGGAAGAGAGGUUCGGAAGUUGUUUGGGGAGCAGUUUUAUAGUGGGAGAGUUACUGAGUUUGACAAAGAAACUGGUUGGUAUAGGGUUGUGUAUGAAGAUGGCGACUUUGAAGACCUUGAAUGGAAUGAGUUGGAAGGUAUACUCCAGCCCCUGGACAUCACUAUACCUUUGAAAGUGUUAGCAUUGAGGAUCAUCAGGAAGAGACAGAAAACGACUCAUAGAUCUCGAAAGACCGUGACCAGAUCUAGAAGUUACAGACCCCAAAAUGUGGGAGAUAUGGCAAAGACCAUGGAGGUGCUUGAAGAAGUUCCCAAAAUGAAAGUGAACGAUCCAUAUAGAAAGGGAAAUGAGGAUGCACCACAGCUGGCUGAUGGAAUCCUUGAUCAGCAAAAUGGAGUUGGGAAUUGAACUGCUGUUUGCAAGUUCAACUGUCCUUUUGAAUUUGACUGGCUCUCACUCUCAACUCAUCAACUCUCUAAACCCUUGUUCGCAAUUCAAUCUGCAUAUAUAGAUAUAGUGGGAUAAAGCCUUGAACAAGAACCUAUUUUUAUCAAAUGCAAAGGUUUCAAACCAACAUAGAAAGUUUGUAGCAUUCGAACCAGGCAAAAUCUGAUAAUGGUGAAAGAACAUUGAAGUUGAUAAUGGAGGCAAACAUGCCCAGCUGCAGCUGUUGACCAUAAAGGUUGAAACAGCUACGGAUUCUACAAUGAAACAAGCAGAAACAGUGAUGAAAACUCAAAAAUUCAUAAUGUCAUAUCUCUUAUUUUAGUCGAAAGGUUAAUAGACAAAUCUUGAAAUCAAUUGUAUGAUUGCUUCAUUGAUUGUCAUUGAAGGUCAAGCAUUAAAAUUGUAAAAAUAAUUUAUUUUCUAAACAAAAAUAAUACUUCUUAUACCCAAACCCUAAAUUAGAUGCUUGAACGGAUCAAGUUUAUUUUAGCAAGAAGAAGAGACACCAACUGAUAAGCAAAUCUCCACAGCUCAAACUGCAAACAAUCUGUUCUUUGGAGAUUGAUGGAGGAGUCUGCCCAAGAAUGAAUUCUGUAUUUUAUAAUAAACGUAUCAGAAACAACAGAUUCCGGGUCGUCGAUGUUCCCUUUUGCUCUGGUCUGCAAUCGCCGUCGAACUCGAAGCCUUCCUCUUCUCCGAAGCCAUUAGGCCCACCUAAAGUCAACAGGCUGCAUAAGGGAUUCAGAGUUCUCGACCUCGUAACUUCGAAAGCAAAUGUCGUUAAUGGCGGUCGCCAAACCCAUCUUCGGCUCAUUCAAGAUAUCUUGCCGACAAAUUCAGAUCAACUUAGCGCACAACAGGCUCGAAGCGAAGAUAAUGACUCAAAAGAUGAUCCUGUUUCGACUCUCCCCAGUGAUUUGUCCCGGCUUUUGAGUUACUGCGGAACUUGGAGGACUGUUGAUGUUGGAAUUCAAGUUCAUUGCUUGGCGAUUAAAACUGGGUUGUUCGCCAAUGUAUACGUUGGGAGUUCUUUGAUUAGUUUUUACAGCAAAUGUGGUGGGUUAGACAGUGCCUACCGCGUGUUCGAAGAAAUGCCUGUUAGAAAUGUGGUCUCCUGGACGGCGAUGAUUACUGGGUUUGCGCAAGAGUGGCAGGUUGAUGUGUGCUUGGAGCUCUACGGCCGGAUGAGGAACUCAGCUGCAAAGCCCAAUGAUUUUACAUUGACUAGCCUUUUGAGUGCUUGCACAGGCAGUGGAUCUCUUGGACAGGGGAAGAGUACUCAUUGUCAAGCAAUUCAAAUGGGUUUCAAUUCGUAUCUACACGUUUCCAAUGCUCUCAUUUCCAUGUACUGCAAAUGUGGAGAUGUAAACGAAGCAUUAUACGUAUUUGAAACCAUGGAUGGGAAAGAUAUUGUGUCAUGGAACUCCAUGAUUGCUGGGUAUGCCCAGCAUGGGCUGGCAUUGCUGGCAAUUGAUCUCUUUGAAGAGAUGAAGCAGCAGAGACUGAAACCUGAUGCCAUCACUUUCCUUGGUGUGCUCUCUUCAUGCCGCCAUGCUGGUUUGGUUGAUCAGGGCUGGUUUUACUUGAACUCAAUGGUGGAGUUUGGGGUGGAGCCGGAACUAGACCAUUAUUCUUGCAUUGUGGAUCUUCUUGGCCGAGCUGGGGAUGUAGAAGGUGCUCGAGAUUUCAUCAAGAAGAUGCCUGCCAGCCCCAAUGCCGUUAUAUGGGGCUCUCUUCUUUCUUCAUGCAGGCUGCACGGGAAUGUUUGGAUUGGAAUUGAGGCUGCAGAGAGCAGGCUGCUAUUGGAGCCAGGAUGUGCAGCUACCCACCUGCAAUUGGUUAAUUUGUAUGCCAGUGUAGGCUACUGGGAUCAGGUAGCAAGGGUGAGGAAACUGAUGAAGGAUAAAGGGCUGAGAACUGAUCCUGGUUGCAGUUGGAUUGAAGUUAAGAAUGUAGUUUAUCAAUUCAGGGCAGAAGACAGUUUCAACUCCAAGCUAUAUGAGAUCAAUGUUGUGCUAGAUUGCUUGGUAGAUCACAUGAGCAACCUAGGCUAUAUGUCUGAAAUCCAUCGACUAGAAUCUUGCUAUGAUUUGCAAAUUUUGCAAUUAAAUGGCACCGGGAUGAGGUGUAUUGAGCACAGUGAAUGCUCUGAAGUUGUAUGAUCAAAAUUUGAUGUAUAAUUAAUGCAUAUAAUUAUUGUAUACUUUUAAAUCCAUUACCCUUUUUUCAGUUCUUGAGGGCAAGGCUUGGUAGAAAUGGUAAAAUUUUUCCUCUAUAACUGGAAGUUCACAAGUUCAAUUUGUGAAAACAACCUGUUUGUAUAAAGUAAGAGGAAGGUUGCAUAAGACCCUCAAAGCGGAAAGCCUCAUGUAAUUAAAAAUUUUUGUUCUUCA